GGACAUUCUAGAAGACCAGAGAGGGGGUUGAGUGCAUGAAAUGACCAGGUAACCUUUCAGAGAAGGUGACCGGUCAUAUCACUUUACUUGGCUAACAUUGGUCUAGUCUCUUAGGCAUGGUGAACCACGUCAGAGGUCAAGAGGACACCCCGCCGCUCAUCCAUCACGAGGCACACAGCUCUACAGGGCUAUCAACAGGUGAUGGCCAUGAUGCAACAGACAGGGGGCUUCAUGCCAUUUGCCUAUCCUGGCAUGACGCCACCAAUUAUGCCACCUCCGGUGUCGACUCCAUCAACAGUCGUUCCAAGGAUGGUCCCUGUGCGCUCGGUGAAUUUGACAGGGAUCAUGAACGAGGAAACGCCCUCAAAUGUUCAGAGGUGGACGAGGCAGAGCAAGAGGUGGCCCGCAGAAGGAAGGGUAAGGCUAUAGUCAAGCCUAGCAAAACUCGAGAUUCGGCGUUCAAACGCCUAGGGGACAAAGAGGAUGGACCCCGCAAGUCUGCCAAGCUACGUCUUGGUCCUGAGAUGGGCCGGACUAGCGCAAUGGGAGGGCUUGGUGGGAGUCGUCCCGCCCCAUCUCGUCGUUCUAGGGAAUCUGAGACGAUUCACCUAGACGAGGAGGAAGUUGAAAGCCAUCCCAGGGCAUCGGCGUAUACGAGGCUCUCAUAUGAUGAAGAUGACCUGGACAAGAUAGGGAGCGUAGCAAGAAAGCUACGUGCCCUGGAGGAAAAGGUCAAGCUGGACGUGGAGAAAUUCACUAGAAAGGAGGAUCCAAAUGUCCACCUUGACACCUUCCACAAUGCAGCACAUAUGGCCGGGUGCACUGAUGCUGAGGAGUGCUUGCUCUUCUUCUCAUCCUUGAGAGGGAGGCCUGUGGAAUGGUUUAACGGCCUUCCCCAUGGCAGGAUUUGGUCCUUUGAGAAAUUUGUCGAAGUUUUCCGCAAGAAGUACCAGGAUAACUGCAUCAAGAGGAAGAAGUUCACCUACCUUAACACGUCGGGUGACCUCUACACUGAAUUCUGUAGAAGGCCAUCCUCCUCUUAUCAGGAAGCCUAUAACACGGCAUGGGAAUACGUCGAGGCAGAGGUCCUGAACAAGAGCAAGCAGGAGCUAGAGGAAGGCCAUACAAAGGUGAAAUCUGACAAGCCGAAGAAGGAUGACCAGACGGGCGGGUCCAAGCCAAAGGCCACAUAUGACGGGUCCAUCCACCAAAUAAGGGAUGAGAAGAAAGGAGAACAACAUAAGCGGCCUUGAACAGAGAAGUGGUGCACCUACCACCAAUCCGACUCUCACAACACGACAGAUUGCCGGAAU